CUUCCUGUAUCAGGACAGUUUCCAAAGAUGGCCGCCGCUGUGGCAGUGAAGGAGAAAAGUCCAUCAGAGAACAGAAGAUAGGAUCCUCAGAGCUCUAACAUCAGGUCGCUGAGCUUCUACAGGACCAUCAUCCCAGCCUCCGCCUGUCUUAGCCCCGCCUUCCUGCUCCUCCUAUGCCGCUUGAUGGGUGGGCUCCGACAGCAGUGACCUGGAAGGGAUCCAGAAGAACAGCCUCCAGGGUGGAGCGUCCCCAUCUGGACCUUCUGUGGCCGUUCUGAAGGCCCCUUGCCGAUAGUUGAUGACGGCCUGAGCAGCAGAGCAUGUGGAGAGGGCAGGUCUGGCAGCAUGGCCAUGCAGGAAAAGAAGCAGGGGGCAGAUGGUGUGACCCAUGGCCUCUCAACCAGUCAGGCACUGGUGAAGCUCCGGGACCAGCUCAGCAGCCUGCUGGAGCAGCACCAGAGAGCCAGACAGAGACGGCUUUCCUGGCGGGAGCAGUGGCUAAAUAGCUUUCUAUACCAUGGCAAUCGGCAGUCCUGUCUCCACUGGCCAGGUGGAGCCCUUACCCUGCUGGUUGUUCUGGGACUCAUUUGCUGCCACGGCAGCCAGCCGACUGGCAGUUCUGGUAUAGAGAUGGUGAACGCUGCAGCUCUACUCCUCCUCUUCCUGUUGAACCUGCUCUUGGUUGGCCGUCAGGAGAGGCUAAAGAAAACUGAGAUGAUCCGGCGCCUCAAACGCAUCAUCACUCAACUCAGUGAUUAUGUGUCAGCGUGUGUGGGGGAAGUUCAUUGGCCGUCCUCUCUUUACCCUGACCUUUACACGCCCCCGUCUCCAUCAUGGUCCCUUCAUUGGACCUACCGGGACUCUAAGCUCGUCAACCUGCCCGUCAGUCUGCUGGUGGAAGGAGAUGUCAUCGCUCUGCGACCUGGCCAAGAGGCGUUUGCAUCUCUCAGAGGCAUCAAGGAUGAUGAGCACAUAGUCCUGGAACCAGGAGAUCUUUUCCCCCCGUUUUCCCCCCCACCUUCACCCCGGGUUGAGAAAAAGGAACCCCAGAGCCCCCAGCAGCACCGCCUCUUCAGAGUGGUCCGGACCCCGGUGCUGGAGCUGGUCAGGAGCAGCCUGGAGCUGGCUCUGUCCCGGCCCAUCACUGUGUUGGAUAAUGAGCGGUUCACGGUCCAGUCCAUCAUCACAAAGCUGGUCUGUCCUGUUGUACUGGUGGCGUUCCUGCUGGUGAACACCGUCCGCUUCUUCUGCGACUCCCCCAGCCUCACACCCAGCAGCUACAACUUCCUCCAGCUGCAGGUAAGACCAUGCUACACUCCAGGUGUCGUGAGAAACCCUACCGGUUACCAGAGCGUCCCUAUCCCUGAGAGAAACCCUACCGGUUACCAGAGCGUCCCUAUCCCUGAGAGAAACCCUACCGGUUACCAGAGCGUCCCUAUCGCUGAGAGAAACACUACCGGUUACCAGAGCGUCCCUAUCCCUGACAGAAACCCUACCGGUUACCAGGGCCUUGCUAAGUUCUCUGAGGACACUCUAAGCAGCUACACAGAAGCAGUUUCCUCGCAGGAGAUGCUGCGCUGCGUCUGGAGGCACAUGGUUCGAGUCAUGAAGGGAGAAUCGGAGACGCUGUGCUACACAUCCAGCCUCCUGCACACUCUGGGCUCUGUCACUGUGCUGUGCUGCGUGGACAAGCAGGGGAUUCUGUCAUGGCCAAACCCGAGUCCAGAGACGGUGCUGUUCUUCAGUGGGAGGGUGGAACCGCCUCACAACAGCCAGGAAGACCUCCGAGAUGACCUCUCCAUGAACUCCUACUGCCGCCUGGAGAUGGAGGACGACAGGGACGAGCCUCAGGAAGCAGAGACUCUCCUCUGUCCAUCGGAGACGCCCGCUGCCCAGCAGGACGGAGCAUCCGAGCCCAGUGAGGCGGCUCACAACCCGCCUUGCGCCCCUGAAGCGGUCCAGCUCCGACGGCCCCAUCAGCCCGCUCAGUGUCGGACCAAGCACCACUCUGGAUCCAACGUGAGCUUCAGCCAUGACACGGAGGGAGGCGAGAAUGAGCAGGACUUUGCUGUGGGCUGCCCAGAAGCAGAGGCAGAGGACUUUGUGUGCGACUACCACCUGGAGAUGCUGAGUCUGUCUCAGGACCAGCAGAACCCGACCAGCAUCCAGUUCGACGAUCUCUCCUGGCAGUGCCACCUGCCCUCCCUCAAGCCGCUGGGCCUCAACAUCAUGCUGAACCUGUGCAAUGCGGCGGUGACACAGCAGCUGUGCCGCUUCUCUGACCACCUGUCCAACCUAGCGCUGCAGGAGAGCCACGGCUCCGUGCUUCCUGUCUACGUCCCCUGGGGCCUCUGCGAGCUCUCCAGGCUCAUAGGGUUCACUCCUGGAGCCAGGGAGCUGUUCCAGCAGGAGAACCACCUGACCCUCUACCAGCUGCCAUCCAGAGAGACCACCAAGGAGCUGGCCUCCCGCCGCCUCCCCUACUUCACCAAACGCCAGCCCCCCAUCUCCCACCUCAUGUCUCUGUGUGUGAGAGACUCAUCCUCCAAUAGUGUCCAGAUGUUGUCCCACGGUUCGGCCGACCUCAUCCUGGAGGCCUGCACAGACUUCUGGGAUGGGACGGAUAUCUACCCUCUCUCGGGCUCGGACAGGAAAAAGGUUCUGGACUUCUACCAGCGGGCCGUGCUGUCCGGUUACUGCUCCGCCUUCGCCUACAAACCCAUGCAGGUGUCGCUGUCCAGCCAGCUGGAUGGGAAAUGUGUGCAGCUGGCCUCGGGCCCCUGCCUGUUCUCUGGGGUGGAGCUGCCCUCCACCACGCCCAUCAAACACAGCCUGUUGAGGAACAGCUGGAGCUCAGAUGAGGGGAUCGGAGAGGGCGUGGAGCGGGAGGACUGCGUUCAGGCGCUGAGCGGUCAGAUCUUCAUGGGGAUGGUGUCGUCUCAGUUCCAGGCCAAGCUGGACACGGUCCGCCUCAUCGAUGCCUUGGUCACCGCCUGCAUUCGCUUCGUUUAUUUCUCCAUGGAGGAUGAGCUCCGCAGCAAGGUGUUUGCAGAGAAGAUGGGUCUGGAGACAGGCUGGAACUGCCACAUCUCUCUGACUCCAAAUGGAGACGGCCCAUGUGAGGGAGCUGCUUCCAGCCCCAGCCACGGCUCGCUGCAUGAAGACCUCCACCACGAUUCCAGAGACGAAGCAGAAGGCCCGCUGCUGUCGGAGGAGGAGGCUCAGUCGGACCUGGCCAGUUUCCAACCCGCAGACAGCGACGUGCCCAGCUUCCUGGAGGAUUGUAACAGAGCCAAGCUUCCUCGUGGGAUCCACCAGGUCCGGCCUCACCUCAAGAACAUCGACAACGUGCCUCUUUUAGUGCCGCUCUUCACAGACUGCACUCCUGACACCAUGUGUGAGAUGAUGAAGAUCAUGCAGGAGAACCGUGAGGUGACCUGCUGUCUGGGAAGCUCCGCCAAUUUCCGGAACAGCCGCCUCUUUCUGCAGAGCGACUUCAGCAUUGGGCUGGACCCUCUGUACCCGUCUCAGUGUUCAUGGGAGACCUUUGGCUACGCCACAGGAGGAGGACUUCACGGAGAUGCUGAAGGACUGUCUCCUCUGAGACUGUCAGGACAGCUGAACAGCCUGGGCUGCUCUGUGUCCUUUCACCAGGGAAACAGCGUCAGCCUGAUCAAACUCAUCGAGCAGGCGCGACACACGACGUCUGGCAUCCGCAAGUGCUUUCUGUUCCUGCUGCAGUGUCAGCUCAGUCUGGUUAUUGUUCAGUUCCUGGCCUGUCUCGCUCAGCUUCCUCCACCCAUGAACACCACUGACAUCCUGUGGAUGUCCUGCUUCAGUUGCCCAUUAUUGAGUGUGUCGCUUCUGGGGAAGCCGCCGGACAGCUCAGUCAUGACUGUUGCUACGGGGAAGAACUUGGAUUCCAUCCCUAAAAAGACUCAGAACUAUUUCCUGGGCUGUUUCCUCCUGAAGUUUGGCCUCACCCUGUGUGCAUACCUGCUGGUGUUUGGCUUCACCCUGCAGUCGGUGUGCCCCGCCGGGACCAACAUCACCCUCAGCCUCAACACCACCCUGAGCCCCAACACCACAAUAGACUGCAGCUCCUUAUUCACUCCCAGCUCGUCGCCAAAGGCUCUCCCUUGGUUCAAGGAGCUGUCCAACGGCCUCCUGCUGACCCAGAAGCUCCUGGCCGGUUUCCUUGUGCUGCACACAGUGGUGAUCUCCCUCAGCUACGUCCACCGCUCACAACCUCUGUGGAGGAAGAGUCCCUUCAACAACACCUGGUGGUGCCUCACCGUGCCGGUGGUAUUGCUGGGUCAGGGUGUUCAGGCAACCGUGGAUUACCAGCUGUGGCGUGACCAGGGUAGCUCUCUGACCUUCAGUCUGGCCAACAUCCCCAUGGAGGUCUGGCUCCUGGCCUCUUUGUCCCCGGUGCUGGUGGUGGUGGUCAACGAGGUGGUGAAACUGCAUGAGAUACGGGCUCGAGUUCGUUACCAGAAGAGACAGAAGCUGCAGUUUGAAACCAAGCUGGGAAUGAAUUCUCCUUUCUAAGGCCCAUAAGGUCCCUGCAGAGGACCGUGAUGUUCUGGCAGGUUCCUUCCACCUGAUGACCACGCCCACCCAGCAGCAUCUGAAGGACUAGAGAGAGGAAGACUCCAGCAGCUUCAUCAGCACCUCCAUGUUCUCCAUGUGGUUUAAAGACGAGGAACGAGCAGAUGUUCUGCUGCAUGUUCUCCAGGAAUGGUUAGCCCCUCCCAUCACUAAGGAUCUUCUCACCAACUCGGCCUUCAUUUUAUAGAGAAGAACAUGAAAAUAAAAUCAGAGGCGAGAUCCUGAAGCUCUGAUCCCAGCGAGGAACCAGGACCUCAAUCAGCUCCGGAUCUUUGGGGAAACCAGUCCAUCCUGGAAGAUUUCUUAAAAACUAUCAAUGGUUUUUUUAUGCUUUUAAUUCAUGUCUUAGAUUUUAGGGACCCCCCCUAACCCCCAUCAGGGGCGACCUGAGGUGACCCAGCAUGCGCCCUGUUCAGUGAUGGAACAAUAAAGUGGUACCGGUUCCCAGUCUGUUACUGCUGUGUUUUUAUCAACAUGUUCAAGUGGAAAUAAAAUGAUGGA